AUGGCGACGCCCCCUAAACGGCGGGCGGUGGAGGCAACGGCGGAGAAAGUGCUGCGCUAUGAGGCUUUCAUCUCUGACGUGCUGCAGCGGGACUUGCAAAAGGUCCUGGACCAUCGUGACAAGGUAUAUGAGCAGCUGGCCAAAUACCUUCAACUGAGAAAUGUCAUUGAGCAACUCCAGGAAGCUAAUCACUCGGAGUUAUAUAUGCAGGUGGAUUUGGGCUGUAACUUCUUCGUUGACACAGUGGUUCCGGAUACUUCACGAAUCUAUGUGGCCCUUGGAUAUGGUUUUUUCCUGGAGUUGACACUGGCAGAAGCUCUCAAGUUCAUUGAUCGUAAGAGCAAUCUCCUCACAGAGCUCAGCGACAACCUCACCAAGGACUCCAUGAAUAUCAAGGCCCAUAUCCACAUGUUGCUAGAGGGGCUUAGAGAGCUACAAGGUCUGCAGAAUUUCCCAGAGACUCAGCACUGA